UGAUUCAGAAAUCAUAGAAUCUUUGUUAAAGCCAUUUUCUGAGAUUAAAUCAUAUAAUAAAACUGUUAAAACUACGAAAACGAUUGAGGACAGUAAAUGCGAAAAUGUACAAUAUGUAGACAACCAUUCAGCUUCAUCAUCAUCAGUUCAAUCAGAUAAUAAUAUAUUGCCCUCUGAUCUUCCAACUGUAUCAAAGAGUCAAAAGAGAGAUGCAAUUACAGAAGUUGCAAUAAAAAACAAAAAAAUUAGAAAAGAUGUACAAUAUGUAGACAAUCAUUCAGCCUCAUCAUCAUCAGUUAAUAAUAUAUUGCCCUCUGAUUUUCCAACUGUAUCAAAGAGUCAAAAGAGAGAUGCAAUUACAGAAGUCGUAAUAAGAAACAAAAUUAGAAAAGAUAAUAUUAUUGAUAAAGAUUUUGAAGAAGGUGAUAAAGAAAAUUUGCAUCAAUAUAUAUUUGCUGAGCAUCAAUUUCAACGAUUUAUGGUAAAGAAUAUGGUGGAUACAAAGUUCUCAUUGAAACGUUGUGAGAAUAUUUUAACAAAUAUAUUGACUAGACUUGAUACUUCAAAUGUAUCACAAAAAGAGGAUAAUUAUUCUGCUUCUGACAUAUUAAAUGAUUUUCCUAUUAAAGAUUCCGAAAUGCUACAGAAAGUAGAACACCGCUUGAAGACAGACGAAUCUUAUAAAAAUUCAGUAAUAAAAACCUUGAGUUUGGUGGGAGGCAAUGAUUUAAAAUCAAUAACUAUAAAUAUUUUAACGCGUACACUAACUAACAGUGUUGCAACAGAAUACAGUUGGAUAGGCGGAAAAAAAAAGCUUAUAUUUUCCAAUUUAUAUUUAUGGAAAAUUAUAUUAAGUGUUGUUAGGCGGCAUAAUCCAGAUGCAAUCGAAUCAGAAAUUUCAAAACAUAUAAAAAUAUGGUUGGCGCACGCAACAGAACGAUUGCAAAGAGAAGAACGAAAAAAUAAUAGUUUAGAUCUAGGUUCCCUUGAAACUACACAAAUGGUUCCAACAUUAUUGCAAACUGCAUUGGAAAAGGAUAUUAUAAUAGCAGCUGAAUAACAUACUAUAGUAUUUGACACGCAGUAUGAUGCAUUUAUUAUUAUAAUU